AAUGUUAUAUCACGACAACAUUUUUAUCCAUUUCGAGUAUUUUGCUUAAUUUUUUAUAUACGUAUAGCAAUCGUCACUAGCAUUUACUAAUUAAUAUAAACUAUUAAAGAUUAAUCAUAAGUAGUUCUACAAACUUAAUUCCAUUUUCUCGUAUGUUGGAAUAAAUAUGAAAAAUGCAAAUGAUGUCUUGAAGUUUAUACUACAACUAAGGAUUACAUUAACAGUUAAAAAUGUUUUAUUCAUAUUACUAAGUAUUUCAUGUAUGCAAUAUUUUAAAAACUACAAAACUCUCCACAUCAUUGUGUAGUGGAUUUGAUACUAUACAGGCUUUAUUAAAACCGUUUUCAUGAUUAAAAGUAAAGAUCUCUAGUUGUCCCAAACUUUUACAUUUAUAUACCCCAACAUUGAAUGAUGAAAUAUUGAUGUCAUCAGCCUUGCCGAAAAGUUCAUUAAUGAAAAGAAAUCUCCGCCCUACAAAGUGCAUACAAUUAUUUUGUUUAACAAGAUUUUCCACAACAAAUAUAAUAAUAUUUUGGUCUUUCACUAUUAUACAAUCAUCACGAUGGUUAUUUCACAAGUCAAUACUGAAAAUACUCAUCCACCUGUUUUUCAGUCAGAUAACAAGGUGAUAGACAUAGGUGGUAGCCAAAAUAAUGAAUAUCAUCAGAUCUUUCACUUUUUUAAAGAAAUUUCAGAGCAGUAUCAAAGUAUACAACGAACACUUGAUGUUAUAAAAAUUGACAUCCAAGACUUGCAAAGACAAAUAGAAUAUCAAGGAGUUAAUAAGAGGUCUUCUGAAAGUUCAUUAGUAGAAGAAAAUUUAAUUUUACCCUUUAGUACGUUAGAUGAAUUAAAUGACUAUGAAUCAAAACUAACAGAUAACAAUAUUUAUGAAAAAGCAAUGAAAAGAACUUUACUUAAAGUCGGUUCUAGCAAGUUAAAUUCAAAAACUACCUACAAUGUGUUGCGAAAGGUAAUGACAAAUGAAAUAGCUGAAACAUUCAAUGUAACUGGAAAAGGACUAAAACUAUCUUUUAAUAAUUACAAAAUGUCAAAAUUAAUUCAAGAUGUUGUUUAUGUUUUACAAAAUAUUACAGAAACAGAAUAUAAGACUUACUUAGGUCAGUGGCUCAGACAAGCCAGCAACAGAAAAAAUGAAAAAAAAAACCUUAUAGUUUGAUAUAUAUAAAUUAUUAUUAUUAUUAGGGAAUAUUUAUAUAUCAUUAAUUUGUUAAUAUCAUUUUUUAAUAAAAAAAAUUCAAGAACAUUA